CGCGGAAAUGUUUUGAACUCGUUGAGUAAUCGCGACAACCGGUCGACAUACAACGCAUAGGCGUGUCUGGUGGAAAACUACCAGCCACGAAGUGCUAUUCUAAACGGCACCAGUAGAAUAGUAGGCUAGUUAGAGCUUGAUAAUCUACUAAUUGAAUUCUGAGACUCGUCGCUGAAAUUCUAAAAAGGAACAUCAAAUAGCCAUGGGCAAACAAAACAGCAAGCUGAAACCGGAAGUACUAGAGGAUCUCAAACAAAACACAGAAUUCUCAGAUGCUGAAAUUCAAGAAUGGUACAAAGGCUUCUUGAAGGACUGUCCGAGUGGACAUCUCAGCGUAGAAGAGUUCAAGAAGAUAUACGGAAAUUUCUUCCCUUACGGUGACGCUUCCAAGUUUGCAGAACAUGUGUUUAGGACGUUCGACGCAAAUGGGGAUGGGACGAUCGACUUCCGAGAAUUUUUAUGUGCCCUCAGUGUAACAUCUCGUGGUAAAUUGGAACAGAAGUUAAAGUGGGCCUUCAGUAUGUACGACCUCGAUGGUAAUGGCUACAUAUCGCGGCAAGAAAUGCUGGAAAUCGUGACGGCGAUCUACAAAAUGGUGGGUUCCGUAAUGAAAAUGCCCGAGGACGAGUCCACGCCGGAAAAAAGGACCGAUAAGAUAUUUCGGCAGAUGGAUAAGAACAAGGAUGGCAAGUUAUCGCUGGACGAAUUCAUAGAGGGUGCAAAAAGUGAUCCAUCUAUUGUGCGACUGUUGCAGUGCGAUCCUAGUGCACAAGCUCAGUGA